AUGUUUCUUGGAAAAGAGAAUCAAGAGAAAUGGGACUUUAUUGGAGUUUAUGUAGUUGUGUUUAUAUCUUUAUGGGUUAAUCCCCACACUCAUCAGCUAAAGUUGUGCGAUUUUGGGAGUGCAAAGAUGUUGGUGCCUGGUGAACCUAACAUAUCAUAUAUUUGCUCACGGUACUAUAGGGCUCCAGAAUUGAUAUUUGGGGCUACAGAGUACACAACUGCAAUUGAUAUGUGGUCUACUGGUUGUGUUUUGGCCGAGCUACUUCUAGGCCAGCCUCUGUUUCCUGGAGAAAGUGGGGUUGAUCAGCUGGUGGAAAUAAUUAAGAUAUGGGGGACACCAACCAGAGAGGAAAUUAGAUGCAUGAAUCUAAAUUACACGGAGUUCAAAUUUCCUCAGAUCAAAGCACACCCAUGGCACAAGGUUUUUUUUAACAAGCGAAGGCCAGCCGAAGCUGUGGAUCUUGUGUCGAGGCUGCUCCAAUAUUCACCAAAUCUACGUUGCACUGUUUUGGAGGCAUGUGCACAUCCUUUCUUUAAUGAUUUGAGGGAACCAACCACAAGCUUGCCAAAUGGUAGACCGCUCCCUCCUCUCUUCAAUUUCACACCUCAAGAGCUGGCUGGGGCAUCGCCUGAAUUGCGUCAACGUCUUAUUCCCGAGCAUGUGAGGAAAUGAAUUUGUGCCAAGUAGUGGUGGUAUCUGUAGGCAAUGUAGAUGGGUUUUUGGAUGCUUAGGUAUCCACACUAUGCCA